AUGGCCGACUUCAGCCCCUUCUCCCUCAGUUCAUUAGACCACGCCCUCUUGGCCGUAUACAUCCCCCAGAACCUGUGUUUCCGCACAUCAGACCACCAACAAUGCCUGUCGCGUCUACAGGCCGGCAUCAACCUUUUGCUGACUCGUCUGCCCUUCCUUAGCGGGGAGAUAGUCCCCCGGACUGACCAUGGCGCCAAACCGGGCGAGCUGCGUGUCCAGCCGGGAAAUACCUUUGAUGCGAUUCCCAUGUUGACAAUCAAGCAUUUUACGGAUGUCAGCCUGCCUCCAGUGCUUAUUGGGGGAAGCAAUUCAUUGAAAACUGACCACGCCGUCGCGAGUCUUGACAGUCAGUUUUUUCCGCUGCCGCUAAUCUUGCCCCCCUCGGAGCCACGACCGGUCAUGCGCCUACAGGCAAAUGUCGUGGCUGAUGGGGUGAUCCUGUCCAUGGCCUUCAGUCACUCAGUUCUUGACGGAACGGGCACCGGUGUCGUUCACGAGAUGCUGGCUGAGUGCUGUCGUGCGGCAGCAACAGAUAGUCUACCAUCCCUCCCGACCGAUGGCGACGAAGAAGCUGCCUUGCGGAAUCGUUUGACGACAGCCGGCGAUGGGGGGCAUCCGGAAAUUGAUCACUCGGGGGAGAUUGGGCAGAGCUAUGCAUACGAGAGAAAAGAAGAAAACGAAGAUUGCAAAGAAGGGGGCGAAGCUAGCAAACCAAAGUCAAUACAGCUACUCGAGGCUGGCCUUCAGACGCGGGCGUUCAUCUUCUCCCCGGAGAGGUUGGAGCGUCUUCGAAAGGCGUGUAGCGGGUUCUUGCCUCUCUUGUCCCACCUGUACAGCCAAACAGCAGACAGCACGAGGAAAUGGCCCACGUUCCUCUCGUCCAACGAUGUUCUUACCGCUCUGCUCGGGGUCUGUAUCGAAAGGACACGGGGGAAGAGCGGCGUCGACGUCUCCUCUCCGUCUCGCCACAUGACCUUCGCGGUCAACUUUCGCAACCGCCUUACGACACUUCCGGACCAUUAUCUAGGCAACGCGGUGUUCCCAUCCCGAGUGUACUUCAGAAUACCCGUCGAUGAGCCUCCAAAUCUUGACUCACUGGAGAAUUUGAUCGAUUUGCACCGGCUUCAAGGAUCUGGAAUAGACGCCAGAAGUCUGUUAGAGAUCGCCAACCAAGCCUUCCAAUCCCGUGCUGGGAUUCUGGCCUACGACGACGCAUUUCUGCGCAGCUGGAUGGCCUUUGUUACUAUGCAGCCGGACUAUGAGUCCAUGAACCUGCGCUAUGGAGACACCAUCGCCUCUAGCUGGCGUGAUUUGAAGAUCAACUCGCUGGACUUUGGGCCUGGACUGGGCCAGGUUGACAACUUUGAGCUCAACAUCGGCGUUGCCGACGGGGCGUGCACCGUAAUGCCAGAGACAAGACUGGACCCUUUGGCGACAGCUCCGAAGGCGCCGUGGGAUGUCCGCAUUUCUCUCAAGACGCAGGAAAUGGCGGCGUUUGAGCGAGACCUGCUGAUCGAUUGGUUGGCUGACAGGGUGGUAUAA